AAAUUUAGAGCAUAUUUAUCUGAAACGUGGUCUGGAGGAUGGGAACGACCAAAAAGAAAAGAGGAUGAAAAGAAAAAGUCCACCGCUUGCACCUCCAAUGGUCUCAGUAGCUCCAAGCCCGAAGGUUCCCCCACCACCUUUACAGUACGAAAAUGACCCAACUGUUAAAAUAAUUGACCUAUAUUUUGCUCCGGAGGUGGCAACCGAGGUCAGUAACGCUGAUGCUGAAAUCGGCCUAGAAAGUUUAAUCGACGGAUAUAUGGAACCAUUAAAUGAAUUGGAGCAGAAAAAGGAAAAGCAAGUAGAAAACGUACCUACAAGGCCCGAAGAAAUCGACGAUGAAAGUGAUCACGAGACGUUAGUUGGUGAUU